AUGGCUGUCUUCAUUCAGCUUGGCCUCGUGCCGCCAGCAGAGAUGCAGACAUACGCCGCGCACACCCUUUUCGAUGUCAACAGGACCAUGUGCUUAUCAGUCUGUGACUGCCUCUGUCUUCUGGACACACUGCUGCGCGCCAUCUUCCUUUUCAACUCGGAGGAUGCUCAGGAGCCUGUUCAGGCUGAGCCGAUUGCGAGGACGACCGGUCGUACAACUUCGCAGCGCAGGCUGCCUCGACCGAUAGUGCCUGUGGCAGAGGAGUUGGCAGAGGCGCAGGCCGAGACAGAAAGGCUGAGGCAAGAGCUCGAAGAGCUGCGAGCAGCUGAAGCACGAGCUGAUGCCAUGGAGCCAGACGGUGUUGAGACAAACUUGCCGAGCAUGCCGAGCGUGUUACCGGCAGCAGCGUUUCCAGGCCCCGCUUCCGACACGGCCGCCUUGGUUUGGACUGCACGGGCACAUGCGGAGAACAGCCGCUUGGAAAAGGAGCUGAAAAGCCUGCGAUCUUUGGCAACAAGGCAGCGCGGCGAGGUGCAAUGGUUGCAUGAAUUGCGGAAGCAGCUGACAGAUUCCCGGCAGGAGGAGCUGGAGCGCGAUCACCAGCAGCUCGUGGAAUUGCAGCAAGAGGACGCGGAGGCACAGCUGCGGGAGCAAGAAGUCAACCGGCGCCAAGAGCAGCGACUGGAGGCUUUGAUGCAGGAACGGCAGGAACGCUGCAAGCGUAUCGAGCAGCGAGAGCGCGAGCUACAAGAGCAAGAGCUUGCUCAUGAUCUAGAGCAGCAGCGGCUACUGCGGAAAGAGCAGGAUCUGCAGCAGCGGGAGAAGGAGCUGCAAAAAGAGAAGGAGAGAAGCCUUCACCAAGCAGAGGUGUUGCGGGGUCAAGAGCUGGACUUCUCCCGGGAGCUGGGAUGGCUGAAAGGUAGCAAGGGCAUUCGUUCAGAGAUGCCUUCACCACCAAGUGCCAGUUCAGAUCGCUUGGAGCCCGAGGAGGAGGCAGAGGCAGACUCAGCCGAAGCGGCCGCGCAGGCCGUCGCGCAAUCGUUGGAAAACAGGAAAUUGCGACGCGAGCUUGAGAGCCUUCGAGCACUGGCACAAUGGCAGCAGAGUGAGGUUGGGGCUGUUCUUGCCUGUCGCUCUGCUGACGAAUCCGGCGAAUCCCAGCCAGACAUGAUAGGGCCUCGCUCACAAGGUCAUGCGGCAAGCUCCACACGUCCCAGAGGAUCGCUUAUGAUGGCGGCGCUUGCCGGUGAAGCCCUGGCAGAACGAGCGGAUAGACUGCAGGCCCAUGGCCGACCCAUGGACGUGCAGAUUUGUGCGUGUGGAAAGCCUUUGGCACCUGACGCACUCUUCUGCCACCACUGCGGCCGGCCAGCGCCAGGCCAAUCUCGCAAAGGUGGGCAGGCAACCCGCCAGCCAGACGCCAAUGGCCAGGACCCUUCAACCACUCGUCAGCACCAGGGACUGCGAAGCGGCAUUGAGGAGUACGACCGCACCGUCCGUGAGUUAAUGUCACGGGUUCUGGGCCGACCAGAUGAAGGCUCCAGCAAGCAGUUGAUUGAGCCUCUGGCGUAG